CUGCGUUUCCGUCUACUAAGCCUGGAUUGGCGUCUAUGGUAGUGACGUGAGCCUGCGGACUCGUUUCCUAGCAACGGAGAGACGCUGCGUUACAGACAGACCAUGGCUGCCGGCCGGGAGAUGGGGGCUGGGGACUAUCUGCGGGAAAACAAAGUUUUGGAGUUAAUGGACAAUUUAACCAGCCUGCUGCUUUACCACCGGCCAGAAAGGCCAAAAGACUUUCUAAUUGAGCAGUUGGAGAAACUGAAGCUUGCUAGGCUGGCUGAUUUAGAAUAUCCUUGUCUUUUUGAUGAUUCUAAUCUUGAUGCCAUCUUCAGAAUUCUUGAUCCCUCAGGCCAAGGAUAUAUAACAGGAAAACAAUACAUGGAAGCAUUCACAACUCUUGGUGUAGACAUCAGCAACAUCAGAGAACCCCCUGAGAAAAUUACACUGGAAGUGUUUAAGUAUGAGAUGAGAACACAGAUGAAGAGAGCUUGUGCAACUUUUAAAACCUAACUUUCUCAGUGAAGACAUUUAUUUUCAGUUCUGUGCAUUUUUGUUCUCUAACAGUUUUUAAACACAUUUUAGAAUAUAUAUAUUACAUUCAGUUUCCUAACCAUACCUGUAAUCAAUAUGUAUAGGACCAUAUCAAUUAAAACAUUUUGGUAGCUAAAAA